UCUAACAUGUCAGCUGCGAAGUAACUUGUCGACGCGUCGUUAGAAAAGGAGUUUCGUUUGCGGUGCGACUUGAAAUACAUAAUGCACGCGAUUGUCUCGCGGAAAUGUCUACGAGUUUGCCGGAGAAUAACCUAGAAGAGUGCAAGCGCCGAUUUCAAGAACUCAGCGCCAAGUCGGUCGCCAGUGGAAAGUCGACGACCGCCGCUGCGAAAAGCGCCGGAUUCAGCUUUUACGACCUUCGAAAGUUGGUCGAACUCGUCGCCGAGUACGUGACACCUUACGAGAAUCCGUCGUCGCGUAACGUCAAGGCGAGUCCGUGCAAGCGACCGGCUUCUAGUGCGAGCUACAAUGACGUUCGACACGACGAGGACUGCGGAAGCCGCGGCGGUGAUGCGGCAGCACCGGAGUUCAAGCCCCCGCGAUGCGCUGCCCUGGGCAGCAGCGUCGUCGCCCGAAAGACUACGGGACAGUCACCUCGUAAGCAACGACCGAACGGCGCUUACAAGUCUCCCAGGAAGGUUUCCGACGUGUUCCAGUCGGAGGUGCAGCAGGUUUCGGAGACUCAGUUCCCACCGAGCAGUCCCGAGUUCAACUGGUCCGACGCUGACGAACCCGAGUUCAUCCACAUUCCGUCCCAGUCUACACCCCCGAAAGACCGGCCGACGGAAAACGGCGUUCGGAACGGCGACUGGGACGUCGACGACGACGUCUUUGUUGCCCCAGCGUCUUCGACGCUUGCCCUAAAGAGAACAUCCCCGAGGAAAGCGCAACUAUCAACUACUGCGACUUGCCUGCUCUCGCCCAGCGGCAAGCUCGAAGCCUCCGAACUUCGGGAGAUCGAACGAAGCGCGUUGUUGUCCAAACCGAACUUUCAGGCCGGCUCUAGUGACGCGCGAUCGGCGGCCUCGCUCCUGCAAGAGUACGACUACAAACUGUCGUCCCACAUUUGCUCGGUCCUCGGGGAACACAGGCAGCUUUCGAAUGACGUGCUGUCGCUGCUCGAUCUGCGCCAGAGGGUGUUCCGUCAGUUCCGGAAGGCAUCUUGCAGCGGUACGUCGCCGGUAAAGUCCAAAGCCAGCGCUGCGGCGACUUCGUUUAGCAGAGGUUCUUUGGACAGUCGCUUGGAAAAGCCUCCGGCUAGCGACAGAUCGUUCCAGACUCUUUCCGCGAGCUUGGGAAACGUCAGUGACCUGUCGUCGAAGCCCGGAAAUUCCUCCAGCGCGUUUUCCGACAGCCCUUCUUACGAAAUGUCACUCUCUCACAGACUGAAAAGACUCGGCAAUGAAACCUUCAACAAACCGUCGUCUUUUUCCACGAGUCCGAAACUUCAGAACGCGCGAUCGGCAGAUUCGACGCUCAAGAAUGCUUCGCAUUCGCCCUACUUUGACUCAAAGCCCUCGACGAGCAAGGCAGGUGCGGUCUCGGACACGGAGUUAAUCCAAGACUUCGAUACCGAAGAUAUGGACAUGGACAUCGGGUUCGUUGAAGCCCAAACGCAGGCGCAAAAGGACUCCGGCAACAACACUGGCACGACGGGGAAAUUUGUUGGCCAGUAUCGCAAUGACGGUACAUUGGCAAAAUUCAAGGGCUUUGGGUUUCCUCACUCUGCUGAGCUGAGAGCAAAGUUUGCAUCCGUGUUUGGCUUGAAGCUGUUUCGCCUGAACCAGCUGGAAGCCAUCAAUGCGGCGCUGUUGGGAGAGGAUUGCUUCAUACUAAUGCCAACAGGAGGGGGAAAGAGCCUCUGCUACCAGCUUCCUGCGGUCAUGAGCGAUGGCGUGACCAUCGUCAUAUCCCCGCUAAAGUCUCUCAUUCAAGAUCAGGUACAAAAACUGACAUCGCUCGACGUGCCGGCGAAUCACCUGUCUGGCGAAAGCGACAACGCCAGCGUGUACGCUGACCUGAGGUCGCUGCAGCCCCAGCUGCGGCUGCUCUAUGUCACGCCCGAGAAGGUCAGCGCCAGCAAUCGCUUACUCGAAGCUCUGCAACGACUGCACUCGAACAAGCACUUAACGAGGUUCGUCAUUGACGAGGCCCACUGUGUCAGCCAGUGGGGACACGAUUUCCGCCCCGACUACAAGCGGCUGAGUGUGUUACGUGAGAAGUUCCCCGGUGUUCCAAUGAUGGCGCUGACCGCGACGGCGACGCCACGUGUCCGCAUGGACAUUCUUCACCAGCUCGGAAUGCGGGACCCCAAGUGGUUCCUGCAGAGUUUCAACCGUCCGAAUCUCUGCUACGAGGUCUGUUCGAAGACGGGCAAGUCGGUCGUCAACGACAUCGUCGAGGUCAUCAAGAAGAAGUUCAAGCGCCAGAGCGGCAUUGUCUACUGUUUCUCGCGAAAGGAGUGUGAUCAGCUCGCGAGCGAUCUCUGCAAGGAAGGGAUUGCGUCCGUGCCGUACCAUGCCGGGCUCGCCGACAACAGGCGAAAUGAUGUCCAGCGUCAAUGGAUCGAUGACAAGGUUCAGGUCGUGUGCGCCACCAUUGCCUUCGGCAUGGGGGUCGACAAACCAGACGUCCGGUUCGUCAUCCACCACACGCUGCCCAAGUCCAUCGAGGGCUACUACCAGGAGUCCGGCCGUGCCGGGCGGGAUGGCCAGCGUGCCUCCUGCCUCCUCUUCUACAACUACCACGACAUGCACCGCAUCCGCUCCAUGAUCGACAAGGAUGCCAAUGCCAAUGCGUCGGCCAAGCAGACGCACAUUGCCAACCUGUGGCACAUGGUCAACUUCUGCGAGAACCGCACCGACUGCCGGAGGGCGCAGGUUCUGCAUUACUUCGGGGAGAAUUUCGACCGACAGUUCUGCCGACAGAACCGCCGUUUCGCCUGUGACAACUGCCUGGCGGAGACCCGCUGGGUCACGACAGAUGUCACUGAGGACGCGCGAGAAGUGGCUCGAUGUGUGCAAACCUUGAAUGAGAGGCGUGUCAAUGUCACAGUGAAUCAGCUCGUGGACAUCUUCAAGGGCGCGGCUAACAAGAAGACGAAAGACCAGAAGCUGGAUGCUCUUCCGCUCCAUGGCCGGGGAAAGAGCUACCAACGUAAUGAUGCCAACCGGUUGGUCCGCCGACUGGUCCUCGAUGGCUACCUCAAGGAGGUCAUCACCAUGAACUAUCUUGAGAUGGCCAUGUCCUACCUGCGGCCCGGCGCCAAGCUGCCCCAGCUUCUGUCCGGCACGGCACGCGUGAUGCUCUCCAUCGAGAAGAAGUCGCGGCCUUCCGAGUCGGCUGCGCGUGCCGAGGAAGCUGCAGCCGAGCCGAGCCGCCUCCAUCCGGAGAUUGUGAAGCUCACCGAGGCAUGCCAUCUGGAGCUGGUGUCCAUCGUCAAGGCGCUGGCGCUGGCCAAGAACACGCACUACAGCAACGUGAUCCACAUUGACGCACUGCACGGCAUCGCUGAGAACCUACCGACGACUGCGGAAGCCAUGUUGCAGGUUCCGCACAUGACCAAGGCUCUGGUCGACAAGUACGGAGCCCAGCUGCUCGAAGUCACGGAACGCUACGCAGCCGAAAAGAUGGUCAUCGAGGCGGAGAUGGCCGACGCCGCGAACGAAGCCCAAAGCGAUUUCCUGAAUCCGCAGCCGCCAUCGGACUUUGCCACAACCAGUGGCUCGCCCAGCAAGUCACGAAAGCGCAAGACGUGGUCUGGAGCCGGCGGCAGUUCGCCGGGAAAGCGUCCUCGCACUUUCUACAAAAGGAAGGCGGGUUUUGGUGCCAAGUCGCAAAACAAGUUUGGCCGGCAGGGAAAGCGAAAGACGGCCGGAAAGGGCGCCGGGAAGUCGACUGCCAAGGCGGGAGGAAGGUCGGCUGGGAGUUCGUCUUUUCAAGGCUCGCUGAGCGGAUUUGGAGCGCUUUCCAUGCCAAAGCCAAUGUCGGCCACUACGAAAAGCCGUUCGUUUCUUGCUAAGCCGCGUGUCGUAGAAAUAUAAGUCUUAGGUCAGUGGCAUUUGAAGCUGCCACUGAAAUGUUACAAGGCAAACCAGAAGUACUUCAACAUUGUAAAUACGGUAUUGUUCUAUGUACAUAGCCACGAUUUCUGCUCUGUGUUUUUAAAGUGUUUGUUUUUGUACGAGGACAAUUAAGUGUGGUAUAGUUAUGGCGUGUUUAAGGACAGAGUUAAGUAAACAGCUCUUACAGCAAGAGUAAUUCUUGGUUGAGGCCAAAGUAGUAUGUUAUGUGGACAAAAGACUUGAGUGACUAUAUUAUCAAGAGUUGCCUAGUUUUCUUAGCAGUGGGGAAUUAGCCCCACAUUGCUCCAAAGCUGCCACUGCUUCUUCAUCUUUAACAAUAACCACUUGCAACAUACCGCCAGUGUUUUUAGAAGUUUUUUAACCACAGCUUUCUAACCACAGAUUUUAAUUAUGUACGUUGUUGUAUUGCGUCUAACUGCAGCAUUAAGAGGCAACAACAUGCACAAGAUAUUCAAGUGAUGUGAUGGGCAGACUGCCACAUUGGGGUGUGGGUCAACCACAUGGACGCAACAUCAAAUAAAAACAAUAGUAGCGAAAAUGUUUCAUUGUUGCCUGAUUAAGAAACAUUGAAAGGCUGGUAAAUGAAAUUGUACAUGUGCCACAACGACCAAUGUUUCAACAGGGUGUACUAGAUCUAGCUUUAAUAUAUUGUCAUCGCCAGUAAAAAAAAUGUUCAACAUUGCUAACGUUGCAUGCUGCAGUGACAAGUGUCACUUUCCGACAGGUCACUUCUGUGAAGGCCAAACUUGUUGCUUGUGGGAAGUUUGCUACCGAGCUAGUUACUGGCUGCUACACCCAUAGAGUUACCUACAAAAAUUACCAGAGGGCGCUGUAGUGCUGCAAUUGUUAAGCAACCAUGAGGAUGAUGGAUUUGUCUAAUCUUCGUGCUUGUGGCAUCAAACGUUCUUGUUGCAUCAUUUUUCAGAAUUCAGAAGUAAUACCAUUUUCUAAACAUCAGUGGACCAAACCUUCACAUGUAUCAGUAUUCAUAGCAAUUAUUGUACAUAUGUAACGCAAUAGCUGAAAGUGAUUAAUUUGCAAUACACAGAAUCAUUUGGAGCCAAAAGGACAAAGUUUAGCCAAGUCUAUGCUAGCCAAAAUGCCAUGCUUGCAGCCUCUGUGGAUGCUAGCAUCAGAGUACUAU